AUGCACCGCAAAACCGAGCCGGUUACCCUCGAGGGCCGCCGUCUCGACGUGCAAGACGUGCAACACGUCCACCUCAAGCACGAAACGGUGCGCAUCAACCGCACACUCGAACACGAACUCGCCGUCAGAGACGUCUUCGCCAACCACCCAGCCCUGGUUUGGUGGUCGUUUUAUUGGUCCAUGGCGGCUGUGGGUUGGGGUUUUGACGCCCAAGUAAACGGCGGCAUGCUCGGCGUGGCGUCGUUUCGUCGCGACUUUGGAUACCUCUACCAGGGCCAACCGGUCCUGCCUGCCGACUGGCAGACUGCCUUCAACACCGUGUCCUCGGUCGGCCAGUUCUUUGGCGGCUUCCUGUGCUCGUGGAUGGCAGACCGGGUCGGUCGGAAGCCGUCUCUCCUCGUCGGAGUGGCCGUCGUGACGGGCGGCAUCUUGGGCGAGGUCUUUGCCACGUCCCGAGCCGCCUUUGUCGUGGCCAAGCUCAUCUUGGGCCUGGGCCUGGGCUUUUACCUGACCCUGGCGCCGCUCGCGACGUCCGAGUGCGCGCCCGUCGUCUUCCGCGGCAUCUCCACUGCCGGCGUCCAGCUCGGCAUCGGCUGCGGCCAGCUGCUGUCCAACGCCGUCAUCCGAGGCUGCGGGGAGUGGGACUCGCGCUGGGCGUACCGCGCUCCCUUUGCCAUGCAGCUCUUCUUCUGCGCCUUCCUCGUCGUCUUUCUGCCCUUUGCCCCCGAAACCCCGUGGUACCUCGCGCGCGCGGGGAGGCGCGAGGACGCCAGGCGGUCCAUCCGGAAGCUGUACGGCUCCGGCUCCGGCUUCGGCUCCGGCUCCGGCGCCGUCGACCUCGACCUCGACGCCAAGCUCGUCGCUCUCGAGGCCACCAUCGCGGCCGAGGAAGCGGCCAAGUCGGAUCAGGGGGCCAUCAUCCAGUGUCUCCAGGGCACGAACCGCAUUCGAACCGGCAUCAGCACGGGCGUCUUUGCCUGCCAGCACCUCGUCGGCAUCAUCUUCGUCCUGGGCUACUCGACGUACUUUUUCCAGCUCGCCGGUCUCCCCGCGGGCCAGAGCUUCGACGUCGGCGUCGGCGUCACGGCUUGCGGUCUCUUGGGCACCGUGUGCAGCUGGUUCGUCAUCAACAGCCACGGCCGCCGCCGCAUCUUCAUCGGCGGCUUGGUUGCCCUGACCGCCAUUCUGCUCCUCAUUGGCGUCCUCGACGUCGUGCGCACGGGCGCGGCGAAGUGGGUCCAGGCCGGCCUGACCGUCGUCUACGCCUUUGUCUACUUUGCAUCGCUGGGAGCCAUGGCCUUUGCCAUCCUCGGCGAAGCGAGCAGCACCUCUCUCCGGGCACCGACCAUAGCCCUGGCGACGGCCACCCAGGCCGUCAUGGGCAUCGUGUUUAACCUCGCCAUCCCGUACAUGGUCAACCCGGACCAGGGCAACCUCAGAGGCAAGGUCGGCUUCAUCUUUGGCGGGCUGGCCGCCCUGGCCACCGUCUGGAGCUUCUUCCACGUUCCCGAGCUCAAGGGCCGUACGUUUGGCGAGAUUGACGCCAUGUUCCAAGCCAAGGUGCCGCCGCGGCAAAUGGCAUCGCAUGUGUUGGGAGACGUUGGAAGCUGA